AUGAAGGAAAAAAAAUUUUCAGCAAAAAAUAUCCUGCAUGUUGUUGAACAGCUUACAGAAGAACAAGAAGAAGAUUCAGAAGGAAAUACAUGCAAAUUUGCUAAUAAUAUUACUGAAACAACUGAUAAUAUUAUUUGCAAACCAUCAACUUCCAAUUUAUCCCAAAGUCAACAAUCAUCAUUAGAUCGAGCAUCACAAUCAUCAGCUAACAGUUCACUCCAAAUUCAUCAACCACUGCCAUUUACUGCGGAAUCAUUAGCUACAUCUGCUCUAAAUCAUAUCACCGUAAAUUUGAAUUGCUCGGAACGUAGCAGCACACCGGAAUCGCGUACUCCGCAAUCACCACUUUCCGUUGAUUCUCAAUCAUCUCAUACACCGCGCGGCAAAUCUCCCAUUGUACAAUUUACAUCAUUUGGUACUGGUGAAUUUCGAAGUCCAUCGAAAAUUCCAUAUUCGCUCGCAUCCUUUCCAACUGGAUUGAAAAAUCGAAAUGAAGCUGGAAAGUUGACUUGUCCAACGCCAGGUUGUGAUGGAUCAGGCCAUCAAACAGGCCUUUACACUCAUCACCGAAGCCUUUCGGGUUGCCCACGACGACCAGAUAAAUCGACAAUACAAU